UUCCAAGCAAAUAAGUGAGUAAACAGAGUGAGAAAGUGUCUAAAUGCCUCCUUGAAGAUCUAAUUUGCUAUUAGAAAACAGAAUAAGUGGUGCAAUUCAUUGAGUGGAAAGUUGGCAAAAAUGAGCGGUUAGGCAGGCGAAAUUAUACGAAGAAGGCAGGAAAGCAAUUGGAAGAAUGGCUGAGAGUUCAGGAAGUCGAACAGUGAAUCAGGGAUUCCACCAACUCAGUGUCACACUUGAGCAGGCGUCACUGAGGAAUGUGGGCUUCCUUAAGCCAAAUCCGUACGUGGAACUCUCGGUGGACAGCAAGAGCAUUCGCAAGACGGAAUUCGUGAAGAACACAUAUCUGCCGAAGUGGAAUGAGGAGUUCACGGUGCUGGUCACGCCCAACUCGACGCUGCAGUUCAAGGUGCUGGACCACUCGAGCUUCCGCAAGGAUGUGCUGAUUGGCGAGCAGACGCUGAGCUUGGGUCAGAUUCUGCAGCACUACAACGGUCGCUGUGAGAAUCUGGAGUUGACAAUGGAUCUUCUCGUGACGUCCAAGUCGCCAGAGGCGCGGCAGAACAAGAGCGGCGAACUCGUGACGGUGCUGAAUGGGCUGAAGAUCGACAUGAAGAGUGUCGUGAUCACGAACGGCGCCGCGGCGAGUGUGAAUGGCGAGGCGUCUGGCAGUGGGGGGCGCAGCAGUGUGCUGAACGGUGGCGUGAGGGCGAGGCAGCGCCUGAGGAGCGUCAAUACGUCGGCCGCGAACGCCUCACCAAGCAGUAUUAGCGAUUCCCUGCGCACGGUGUCCUUCUCGCCUGAGCACUCGGCGUCCGGAACCGCCAACGGGACGGCGCACGCCACAAGCUCGGCGGGUGCCAUCAGGAGGAACAGCGGCAUGAACUGGGAGAAUGCCAUUGUCCCGGCAAGUAGUCAGCCAAAUGGAUCAGUUCUCUCCGUGCCAGCGGCAGCGGCAAUUCCGAGCUAUCCGACCCAGGGAAGUCCCAGCAUGGCUAUGAAUGGUGCCUCCAGUUCUGCAGGCGCUGCAGGUGGUGCUUCGGGUCUCGUGAAUGGCAGUCCAGCGCCAGUGUCCAAUGCAACGGAUCAGCAGCUGGCACAGCAGACGGCGAGUGAGGAUGAACCUUUGCCAGUGGGUUGGGAGAUCCGUUUCGAUCAGUACGGGCGUCGCUACUACGUAGAUCACAACACAAGGUCCACGUAUUGGGAGAAGCCGACUCCCUUGCCGCCUGGUUGGGAGAUUCGGCGCGAUCCGCGAGGGCGUGUGUACUAUGUGGACCACAAUACGCGCACCACGACAUGGCAGAGACCCAACACGGAGCGCUUGCAGCACUUCCAGCACUGGCAAGGGCAGCGAGCGCACGUGGUGGCACAGGGUAAUCAGCGGUUCCUGUAUACUCCGGCCGCCACGGGGGCCGCGCAGCCGAGUGGCGGGCAGCAGGAGGAGGACGAUGGCCUGGGACCGUUGCCAGAUGGCUGGGAGAAGCGCGUGCAACCGGACAAUCGCGUGUACUACGUGAACCACAAGAACCGCACGACACAGUGGGAGGAUCCGCGAACGCAGGGCCAGGAAGUGAGCCUGAUGAGCGAGGGUCCGCUGCCGCCGGGCUGGGAGAUCCGAUACACGGUGAAUGGAGAGCGCUUCUUUGUGGACCACAACACCAGGAGGACGACGUUUGAGGACCCCAGGCCAGGAGCUGCUCAGAAGGCAGGCGGAAAGGGCGUGUAUGGCGUCCCGAGAGCAUAUGAACGCUCCUUCCGCUGGAAAUUGAGUCAAUUCCGCUAUCUAUGCCAGAGCAACGCUCUCCCGUCCCACAUCAAGAUCACCAUGACGCGCCAAACGCUGUUCGAGGACUCCUACCACCAGAUCAUGCGGCUGCCCGCGUACGAGCUCCGUCGCCGGCUGUAUAUCAUCUUCAGGGGUGAGGAGGGCUUGGACUACGGCGGCGUGUCGCGAGAGUGGUUCUUCCUACUCUCGCACGAGGUGCUGAAUCCCAUGUAUUGUCUGUUCGAGUAUGCCAACAAGAACAACUACAGUCUGCAGAUAAAUCCCGCCUCAUAUGUGAAUCCCGAUCAUCUGCAGUACUUCAAGUUUAUCGGGAGAUUUAUCGCGAUGGCGCUCUAUCAUGGGCGCUUCAUCUACUCGGGCUUCACGAUGCCGUUCUAUAAGAGGAUGCUGAACAAGAAGCUCACCACGAAGGACAUCGAGUCCAUCGAUCCCGAGUUCUACAAUUCGCUGGUGUGGGUGAGGGACAAUAACAUCGACGAGUGCGGCCUGGAGUUGUGGUUCAGCGUGGACUUUGAGGUGCUGGGACAGAUUAUCCACCAUGAGUUGAAGGAGAAUGGCGACAAGGAGCGUGUGACGGAGGAGAACAAGGAGGAGUACCUCACGCUCAUGACUGAAUGGCGGAUGACGAGGGGAAUCGAGCAGCAGACAAAGACAUUCCUGGACGGCUUCAAUGAAGUGGUGCCGCUGGAGUGGCUGAAGUACUUCGACGAGCGCGAGCUGGAACUGAUGCUGUGCGGAAUGCAGGAAAUCGACGUGGACGAUUGGCAGCGGAACACCAUUUACAGGCACUACAAUCGCAACAGCAAGCAAGUGUUGUGGUUCUGGCAGUUUGUCCGAGAAACGGACAACGAGAAGCGCGCGCGACUGCUGCAGUUUGUGACGGGCACUUGCCGCGUGCCCGUGGGUGGCUUUGCUGAGCUGAUGGGCUCCAAUGGGCCGCAGCGCUUCUGCAUUGAGAAGGUGGGCAAGGAGACGUGGCUGCCGCGAUCGCACACGUGCUUCAAUCGGCUGGACUUGCCGCCGUACAAGAGCUACGAUCAGCUGGUGGAGAAGCUCAACUAUGCCAUCGAAGAGACGGAGGGCUUCGGCCAGGAGUAGGCUAUAGAGCGGAA